CAAUAGCCAGUUCAUUUUUGCAGCCGUUCCAUCCUUAACGAUCGUCUGCUGUUCGCUUUAGAAGUCAGUUCUGAUUCUCUAUCAGUACGGGGUGUGUGUUGAAGUGCCGAGUUCCAAUUAUCUUUCCGCAAUGAAUUCAUUGGUGAUAGUUGUGCUGAUAGGGUUUUGUUUGAGUAGUGGAUAUUGUUACUCAUGUCAAAAUUACUUGAACCAACUGAAUCAGAUAAAUCAUGAAGUAUACAAUCAAGCGCAGAAAAACGGUUUCUUUGUACCAUAUCGACUUCAAUCCUAUUCAGAAAAAGCUAUUUAUGCUCUGAACCAGAUAAAUGGAAAUUGCAAACAAUUGGAGGAGGAUAUAACAAAUGAAAGCAGAAACCGAGACAUUGAAAUCGAAGGUUUGGAAAGUGGAUUGACCAGGUUUCAAAAACUAAUCGAGUUUUUGGACGAACGCAAUCAACACCAAUUGAGGGAAACAGACAUCGAACGACAAUCGAAAGUGAAGUGUGAGGAUGAAAAAUACGACCAACUGGAACAGCUUGAUGAAAUGAAAGCUAACAUAACAGCCCAAGCAAAAAUAAUCAAAGACUUGACGGCAAAGAAUAAAAAACUAGAAAACGAAAAUAAAAAAUUGCAAUCUAGGAUCACCAAAAACUCUCCAGCGAUUCAUGGCCAAACAGGACAGGUGACAGGAGUUGAGCUACCCAUCAAUUCAACGACAGUACCAGCUGAAAGUGAAUUCAUCCCGCCAACAACUACUGACGAAGCAAUUCCUUCUGUAAAUUCUUCAUCAAACGGUUCCACGGGCAGACAAAAUGGUGAUACUGUUCCUGACAUUGAUCUUCGUAACUCAAAUGAUUAUUAAUGUAUAAACAGUGACGAAAAGGAA